ACUGUUACAUCAUUUUAUGUUAGUCGUACAGACUCUGGGUUCAAGUAAGAUGAGUUGCUUUUUAUGUGUCAUUACCGCGUUGGUAGUUGUGAUUUCAACAACGAUUGCGCUGGUCAGUCGAAAGCGUGACCCUGAGAAGAUUUUUGGCAUUUACAGUCGUCCCGGAAGAUGGUUCUACCUCAAGUAUUAUGUGUUUUUAGCAUUGUUAUACGUGAGACAGUUUCUUUCUGGUUUGAAGAAGGCUGACACUGGUUUAGGAUCAAACGUUCAAAUUGAUUAUGAUCAUUUAGACUUGUGGAAGCCACUAUCCAGUGACGCCAAGGCCUUUGAUGCUGUGUUCUUCCAAGCUGUUAAUAAUAAAGGAUAUUAUUUAUGUGGAGGCGUAGAGCGUCGGCAAUUAAACAAAAUAAAUGGAGUAUUCUAUAUAGUUGUGCCAGAACUGGGUCUUUUGCGAAGCGAACAUUUACCGAAAACUAGUCUAGAUGCGACAAAUUCCGGUGAAGAAAAUGCAUUUGAAGGUGGGGGCAUUCAUCUUAGAAUGAUUGAACCAAUGAAAAAAUGGAAGGUCUCUUAUAAAGGAAAUAUGUGGUUGGACGAAAAGAAUAACAAAAUAGAUGUUGAUAUAAAUGCAGAAUGGACAUCAAACUAUCCACACUUUUUCUUCGAUACUGGAAUGGACAAAGGUUUAAUUGCUGAGGCAAUUGCACGCGAGCCAUGGAGCAAAGAAUUAUUUAAGAAUUUAAAAGCCGCACAUCAAACACAUUAUGAACAAAUGGGCUACCUAAAUGGCACGUUGAAAGUAAACGGAAAGGUACAUAACCUUGAAAUGUCUUCCUUUAGGGAUCACAGUUUUGGAAAUAAAAGAGAUUGGUCACUCAUGCACAGAUAUGCAUUCCACAUGAUGUAUCUAGACGACAGCACGCGAAUCUGCGUCGGAGUGGUGAGCCAACCUUGCACAACCUCGCAUUUAGCAAUGGGUUAUAUUGUAACCCCAAAAAGGAAGAUCCAUCGUAUUACAAGGUGUAACCUGCAACUCUUUGAACAUGGUGAAAAUGGUCGUCCACCAAAGAAUAUCGCCUUUUCUAUCACCGCAAACUACAUGCGCUACGAUUGCUCGGUAAGUACACUCCACGAGUGCGAACAUUUCAAAGGAAACGAUGUUGAAGCCCGACUCUUGGAACGCUUCACCGUAUGUAGGGUAAAUGGUACCAAUGGCAGGGGCAUUGCUGAAUGGCAUUAUAAUAAUGUAAAAAACGCGAAAGAGUGAAAUUAUUAGCAAGCCAUUUUAUUAUAAAACAUCUAAAUAUAAAAACAAUAUCAUAAAAA